UGUUUAUGAUAAUCAAUUCAUUAAGUAGUUUUAUUUUACCCUUUUUAAGGAAAUUCUACAAAAGUUCAGUCAUAGCUGAAAAGCGCUGAAUAUGCUCGGAUUUUUAAUUAGAUUGUGGUCAUGCCUGUACUGGUAUGUUAGACCCGCUUUAAAAUGGUUUCUGCGAAGAACGACUCGCUUGUGCGAAUUGCAAAGAAUAUGCUACGGUGAAGAAUUUGGAUUUUCGAGAUCAGAUAAAGUUGAAAUGUCUUUGAACUUAUCUCGAAUGCCUGACAUUAUUCAAAUGGUUCAGCAGUUAACUAACUUAGCGACACAAGGAAGAUUUGUUGAAAAUACAAGUAAAAAUUGCAUUGAGUAUGCUGUCAAGUUAACACUCGAUAUUAAAGACAUUAAACCAUCUGUUCAUGUCCCGUUUAUACAAACAUAUCGUAUUUGUCUUUUUCAAAUUUAUGGCUACAAGCAAUUGCUUCAUGAUGUUGAAGUACUGAGGAAAACUUCCUAUUCUUCUGAAAAUAAGGAACAUGAAAAUAAACUACUUAAGCUGUGGGAACUUUUGAAACCUGAAGAAAAGUUGCAGAACAGAAUUUCUAAGCAGUGGUCCAGUAUUGGCUUUCAAGGUGAUGAUCCCAAAACUGAUUUUCGUGGAAUGGGUGUUUUGGGCUUAGAGAAUCUAUUGUACUUUGCUACAGAGCAUACAGAUGCAGCUAGGCAUGUUUUAUUACAUUCAAAUCAUCCAGUUUAUGGGUAUUCAUUUGCUAUUGUUGGAAUCAACUUGACUAGUAUGGCUUAUCAUUUACUUAAAGAUGAAAUUCUUAAAGUCCAUUUUUAUAACACAGUGAAAGGAGUACCAUGUGUGCAAGAUUUUCACUUUGUCUACUGUUAUCUAUUUUAUGAAUUUGACAAGUUUUGGCUGGCAGAAAAACCAAGGGACAUAAUGGAAUUCAGCAGGAUUAGAAACAAGUUUCAGUUGAACAUUCUAAAAAGGUUAGAAAACCCAAAGUCAAAAUUAAAGCUUAAUUUUUUAAUAGAAACAUUGUGAUAUUUAUUUAUUUUAGCUUCUAAAAUUUGUUUUUAUCUAGCUUUUGCCAUAUUAUUGUUACGUUUUCGCACAAUAAUAUGUUCACCAAUAUUUAAAGGAAAAUGAUAUGUUCAUUAAAACAUCAUUUGAUCUAAAGUAUCUUUCAUUUAUCAAACAUUUUUGAAAAUGAGUUUUUAAAUUAUUAUUUGUAUUAUUAUUACCCUCUGCAUUAUGUAAUUCUAAAGUAUGGUUUACAAGUCCCAUUUAUAAAUAUUUUUUUGAGUAAUUAAAUAAUCUUCUGAUUUAAAAAUUUGAUUUAUUAUUGUUUUGUUUUUUCAGUAAUUUGAUCUAAACUAUAAUUUACAUUAUCUAUAUUUUAAAUGUGCAUUUUUUUUUACACACAAUGUAAGUGCCUGGUGUUAAGCUGUUUGCAUCCAUUAACUUCUAAAUGCAUUUUUACUGAUAAUCACA